AUGAAGUAUGAGGCUGGAGCUGCGGUGAAUUACAUAUCACGUCGUGCCGCUUUGAAGAAGCUCCAGUUAUCAUUGAGAGAUUUCAGACGUCUUUGUAUUCUGAAGGGUAUAUAUCCUCAUGAACCAGCUCAUAAGAAGAAAGUCAAUAAAGGAUCCACUGAGAAUAGAGUUUGGUAUUAUCGAAAGGAUAUAAAUUUCUUGGCACAUGAGCCAAUCAUUAACAAAUUCAGGGAGUACAAGGUUUUCCUGAGAAAGUUGAAUCACUACAAAGCGAAAAGAGAUGAGUCGAAAGUGAAGAAGUUGUACGCAAAUAAACCUGAGUAUAGUCUGGACCGCGUUGUCAAGGAGAGAUAUCCUACUUUCGGGUCAGCUAUUCGCGACCUGGACGAUGCUUUAUGUUUGUGCUUCGUUUUUGCCACUCUGCCCCACACCCGAAUUCUAAAGGAAGGCAUUAUCGAUGCUUGUCGUCGCCUUACUGCUGAAUUUAUGCACUAUGUGAUUGAAGCACAUGCGCUGAGAAACACGUUCAUAUCAAUAAAAGGAAUAUAUUACCAAGCAGAAAUAUGCGGUGAGAAGGUAACGUGGAUCGUUCCUCACGAUCGAGGCCUUCCACAUGUUACCGACGUUGAUUUCACUGUUAUGGUUACUUUUGCCGAAUUUUAUGUGGCAAUGUUAGGAUUUGUAAAUUUCCGAUUGUAUCAGAUGGUUGGACUCUAUUACCCUCCUCAAAUCCAAACAGGUCAAAACACUAUUGCAGCAGACAAUGAUGACGAAGAACGAAUAGAGAAGAUAUACAGCUUAGCUCGACCCUUGGCAAAACGAGCUGGAGCAGAGAACGAAAAUGAUGAGGAAGCUAUAGAAUUGUUUGGGGACGAUGACAAUAUUCUGGCUGAGAAAGUCAAAGAGGCAAACUUGAUUAAAACUCUAUUCAAGGGACUUGUUUUCUUCUUAAAUCGUGAAACACCUAAAGAAGCUUUGACACUGAUAAUAAGGAACUGUGGAGGAAUUGUUGGGUGGAGUGGAGGUCCAACCAAUCUAGAAGAGUCUAGCAACUCCAUAACUCACCAAGUUGUAGAUCGUCCUAUGUCCAAAUUCGACAUCAAUCGGCGCUAUAUCCAGCCUCAGUGGGUGUUUGACUGUCUGAACGCACGUCGGAUGUUACCUACAGAAAAAUAUAUGGUUGGUGUACAAUUACCGCCGCACUUCUCCCCGUUCACUAAACAUAAGCAAGGAGAUUAUGUGCCACAGGAAAGACUAGAGGAGUUAAGGAGCCUUGGACAAGACAUCGGUGGUCUUCUUGAAAACGAACCAGUACUGCCAGCAGCUCCGAAAUCCAAGAAGUUAAAAAAGGUUGAAGAAGAACCAAAGGGCAUGAGAGCUACUCUUGGAAAGAUGCACAAAACCAAUAAACAACUCGAGAUGAAUCAACAACACUCUGACGUAAAAAUGCGAGAGAUGAUGAUGGCGAAGAAGCACAAGCGGGUAUACCAUAGCAUACGUCAGAAAAUGAGAAAAGACCAGAAAGAAUGCCUGAAGUUGAAAGAUAAGAAGGCGAAAAUCGAAAGUAGAACAGGACUGACUAAUUAA